UGAUGCUUGGCGCCUCGCCCCGCCGCUCUCCUCGUUAACCAGUCCGCUCGUUCCCGGCCGCUGCCGGCCGGCCCUGCCCCAUGAGCGCCGCCCCGCCGCCAGCCGCUCGCUAACGGGCAGCCGCCGAGGGUACCGCCGGCGGGCGGCCGGCAGGCGUAGCCAUGGGGAAUGGCAUGAACAAGAUUCUGCCUGGCUUGUUCAUUGGCAACUUUAAAGAUGCCCGAGAUGUAGAGCAGUUGAGCAAGAAUAACAUUACACACAUUCUUUCAAUUCAUGACAGUGCCCGUCCUAUGCUUGAGGGGGUGAAGUACCUCUGCAUUCCCGCUGCUGACUCACCUUCACAGAACUUGGCAAGGCAUUUCAGAGAGAGCAUCAAAUUUAUUCACGAGUGCCGGCUUACAGGUGAAGGCUGCCUAGUUCAUUGCCUUGCAGGUGUCUCUAGGAGUGUAACGCUGGUAGUUGCGUACAUCAUGACCAUCACAGACUUUGGCUGGGAAGAUGCACUGUCUGUUGUCCGAGCAGCGAGAUCCUGUGCCAAUCCUAACAUGGGCUUCCAGAGACAGCUACAGGACUUCGAAAAGCACGAUGUUGAUCAGUUCAGGCAGUGGCUGAAAGAAGAAUAUGGGGAAAACUCUUUUCAGGAUCUGCAAGAAGCCAAAAACCUUCUGAGCAAGUACAAGGAGCAGGCAGAAUUGCAGCAGAGUACUGGAGGAAGACAAUGGAAUAACAACUUCUCAUCUGUGCCAUCUCUCUCAUACAACAACUACACAACAGAGACCUAGUUGUAGAAGGUUGAAUUUUUCUCUCUACCUUUGAAGAAUAUUUUGCCAUAAUUUCUAUCCCAUCUUCAAGACUCGACAGUAAUCAUGCAAACAAUUGAUUUGUAGAAAGCUUCUUGAUGAAAAUUGUACAUUAUGUGUGUGUGGAUGAAUGUGUUUAACACGAUUUUAUAAUUCAGGCAGGAUCUAGCUCUCUGUACGCUCAGAGACAAGAUCCAAUUACUGUGGCUGAGCCAGUCCGUCAGCCACAGCUGUUAUCCCUACAUAGCCUGGCAUUUGCUGUGAGGUUAGCUCAACUUCUUUUGUUGUAGGCUAGCAAAGGGCUCUGAGAGAUGAACUCUAGUGAUUCAAGCUUUGGCACUUUGACAUCUCUGCACUUUUAAUGUGGCAAAUGUAUUAUUGCACCUGAAGAAGGGAACUCAAGUAAGUCUACUGUUCACAGUCCAUUGUCAAGUAAUACCCUGUGGACGGACUUGUGCUCGAAUGCUAGGCUGUAAACUGGGGCAGGUUAGAUAUGUACAUGCACCUUUCUACCAACAGUAACAGCUAGGGGAGAAGUGGGGCAGACAGCUCUGAGUAAUAACAUCUUCAACUGCCACAGUUGUACUUGCUUCAGUGCACGUGAGACAGAGCUGUCAGCAGAACUCCCGCAGACAGAAAACACAAACUGCCACCGCAGUUCAGCUGAUACAGUGAUUUAAGAAAUGUACCUCAGUUGUGCUUAGGAUCUCCCAACAUAAACUUCUCUGUAGUGUAGUUAGUCAGGUCUCCGAUGCCACUGAUCUUCAUUCCCUGUGGAACACAUGCCUCUUCAACACAUGCCCCUGUGCACGUGAUAACGUGUCUCCAAAGAGUGGGCUUGGUGUGAGUGCGAGCACCUGUUUCUUUCCUUGUGCUGUGGUUUGCUCUUUGACUUCAGCUACCUCAAAAAUGCUGUACAUGUCAUUGUGGUUGUAAAUGCAACCUUGAAAAUGGCCUUGUGUAAUCUUAAUCUGGCACUGAGUAAUGUGUGUGAGUGUGUGAAGGUGUGCGUGUUUCACAAAUGUCUGUAUCUGAGAAGUUUGUUUUCUUUUAAAAUCACCCGUGUUUCACAGUAGAAUUGUUUGAAUUUGGCUUUCUGCCAUUUAAAAACCACCCUGUAUUUUGCUGUGAUCAAAUCAGCGGGAAUGCAUUUGUAUAUUGUUUUCAGGUAGGUUCAAACAAGAGGCCAUACACCACUGCCCAUGGUAACACGGUGUGUUGCUCGAGUGGAGUCAUUGCCUGACUCAGGUGCAUUCCAAGCAUGUAACUUCAAAUAUGUCACCACAGAUGCUGGGCAGUGUAUUGGGUUGCAAUGGUAUCAUGGGGAGGGCCAUUGAUGCUGAGCUAAUGGCUUCUUGCCUUUGGCUCAAAGGAUGAAAGGCUUAUUUUUCUUGAAGAUUGAAAAAAAAAAUUAAAAAAAUCUGAAUAGUCAGGGUAUUGAAAAACAAAAACAAAACUCAUUUGUUUCAGUUUGUGAUGUGUAUCAUGUUAAAAGCUGAGCACUGAGUGAGAGGCAGUCAGCAUGUUAAGUACAAUUGUCAUCUCUUUCAGUUGCUUUGGUACUCUGACCCUCCCAUCCUUCUGCAAAAUUCCUCUUUGUGUGAUUUCCUGCUUGCUUGGAGUGGCAGUGAAUUCUAUGGAUGGGAGCAGUGCUUUUUGGGGUCAGGUGAACUCUGGCCUUGUUAAAUAUCUUCAUGGUCUGUGUUGGCAUGAUAACAGAAGUCUAUGGUGUUUCUCAAAGAGCUUGAUCUGCAAGUAAGUAGCGUUCAUGAAUUCCAGCACAGCAGCGCCCAAGUUGGCAGCACCCCCUGCGCUCUGAGAGUGACCGUGUUAAUUGCAAAAGGCAUUCUGUGAUAACAGGGUCUAAUAUACGCUCAGGAUGGUGCUCCAUUUGUUCAGCCCUCUCACAAUAAGUUAGUAGCGUAAUAUCCGCUUGUCCCUGAAGGGUGGCUGCCAGAAGUAUUCCGCUUACACUCUUGCAGGUAUCCAGUCAAUCCAUCCUGUAGGGGACUACCAACAGUACGCGCUCUGUUAACAGAUUUGACGCUUGUCCUUGCAGUAGUAAUGGUGUGAGUGUUGAUAAGUUGGCAGAUUUUCUGUUAUGGCAAAUACAAGGCAGGAUGGGAGACGUGAUACUGUCUGUACAUCCAAGGUUAUUCUGCAUUGGUUUUUUAAAGUAGUUUGAUUAUCCCCAAAGAGUCAGUCCUGGAAACAGGACUUUUUGUAAAAAGCUGAAUUUGUAUUUAGGGCCAUAUAGCCAUAUCAAUGUGCAUUAUGCUGCAACUGGAAAGUAGAUACAGGGUAAAGCAGGAAGACAGAGGAAAUGCCAUAUUGUUAUUAAGCAGACGUGCUUCCCUCUUUUUAGAAGACAGGAGGUAUUUUCUGUAGGCUCUUGCUCCUACAUCUUAAGUGGAAUCUUUGUAUUGAGUGCCUCAUUUCAGGGUGACAGAAGAGGAGCGGUGGUCUGAGUGAACUUGAUUCUGAGUGAACUUGAAUCUGUUUCCUCUGUGUAGGGAGCACUGGGGUACUUUACUCUUUUAUUUCCAUAGAGUACGGAAGAGAGAGUAGCUACAAUUCCCACCUCUGGCUUUUUCUAGAAAGGGAAAGGGGCAAACACUGAAUACUUGACAGGAUUUGUCUUCCAACCAGCCUUUCAGUGGCAGUUAGCAGGACUAUCCAGCUAUCUGGAAUGUGAAUAGACCCCCGUCCACAUCUUAAUAGUUGGCCUUUACGGUGUAGAUGAUGCAUUCAGUUAUUUUGUUUCUGUACUUCCAAACAUUCUUGUGAUGAUCACUGGAAAAUGUGUAAAGUUUGUAACACUUUAUUGGAUAUCCAGAUUUGAAAUGUAUAAUCUUUUUUUUUUUUUUGUAAACUUGAUAUCCGUGUGUGAUUAUAAGCAAAUGUUAUAUGAUGUAGGUAAUGGGUAAAUACACUAAUAUUUAUUACCCUGAUUUUUAACCUGGAAAGAGUUGCUUCCUUACAUCGCUUGGUUGAUUGGGAAGAUGUGGUGCAUCAUAUCUGUUUGUUUUUUUUUUUUAAAGGACAGUCAUAACAUUGGUUGCUGUAAUGGCCACUGUCUAUAAGGAAGACAGUGAAAAAUGAUAGUAUUUCAACUACUUUGAAAGCUCUAAACCUGGUAAGCUUCUUGACUCCGUCUUCCUGUUCUUGGGCAUCUUAGCAAAACCUUGAUUGCAUUUUCCAAAUGUUUGUAUUUAAUACGUUCUACAAUUUUUUUACAAAUAAAAGUAAAUGUUAACAGCUGA